AAGUUUUGGUUUCAGCCUUUCAGCACAAGUUUUAGGCCAGAAGUUCAUUCCAACUCUUGUCUGUUUCGAAAGAGACAGACACUAUUAAUGAUGUAAAUAACAUACAAUAAAAUGAAUGCUUGAGUUCGUCGUGUAGUUAAAUAGAUAAAUUAUUUAUUACUAUGUGCUUCUCGAAGAUUAACGAAGGCUCUUUUGGAUUACUUUCUACAAUGCAACUAAGUUUUGGAUAUACUUAGUUUAGCUAUAUGUUAAAUGAAGCUGUGGUGUGGCAGCUAUGGAGGAACCCAGUGCUACUACACAGGUGUCAACAUCAAGGGAUUUGUCAUCUGAAAUUAAAAGUUUUGGGAAUGAUUGCAGUUACGGUAGCAGCAAAGACACGAUUGGUGUUUCUAUACCAGUCUGCUACCUCAUAAAAGAGCAAGCGAAGGCACAUAUUGCCAUACAGGAUCUGCAGAAACGACUCACUCAAGUUGAAAAUGUGCAAGAAAAUGUGGUUGAUGCCAUCAUCGAAUUUAGGAAUUACUUAUGCGACACAAAGAGUUUUAAUAGUACGAAUCCCUUGAUGACAUCGAAAUCCUUGUCUACAUCAAGAAGCCCAUCUGCCAUCGUUUCCAAACUGAAUUCAGUGUCCAAGUCGAAAGAAAAUUAUGUGCCUUCCGCUGCAGAUUCUUCUGUAGAAGUUUCUCAUUUGAUUUUGAAAAGUAGAUCCUAUUCAUCCAAAGACUGUGAUCAUAGAAUUAGCGACUAUGAGAAAGGACAAGCGGUAGCCAGUGUUCCAGAACUAUCUCAAAAGCAAUUGGACUUGAUAAAAAGUAAGGAUGCUGCAUUAGAAAGCGACAAACAAGAUAGUGGGUUAGAUUCUGAUUGCAGAGAACACCAUGAAAUCCAUCCAUCUAUCAUCAAAUGCAUUCCCAGUUCAGCUAAUCAAGAUGCGAAUGAUGAAUUACUGCAAUUAUUGGAUGAAAUUAAUUAUAGGUCAACAAUUCUUCAGAAGCAGUUGGCUAUUGCUGAAGACGUUACUACCUUAAGUGAUUUAAUAGAAAUGACUGCUCGUUCACGGAAUGGAAAAAAUGAUUCUAGAAGUUAUAAUUGUCCAGAAUCGAAGUUAAGUUUUUUAGAAACUUCUCGAAAUGGUUUGAUGCAUGAUCAAUGUCAGCAACCCAGGCUGACGCCUCCUUCUAUCUGUGAGGAUGCUGGAGAGAAAGUGCCAAUAACUUUAAAACCGAAUGGUUCGAUUGCCGGUUUACUGGAGGGAAAGCUUUUAUGUGAUAGAAGACCCCCUAUGAAGAAAGCCACGAAUAGCAUCGACAGUUCUGUGGUAUCCUCUAUUUUGAAAGAGACCAAUGUGGUAGAUCUACAAAGGCAGGCCCUGAUCUAUCUUGUAGAUAAUGCAGUUCUCAAUACAAAAUUGCGAGAAGCAGAACAUAGUUUGUCAUCAAAACACAUAGAAAGUGAGAAAGUAGAAAAUGCCCUCAAAGAAGAAGCUCGGCUACUGAUGAUGGAGAACAGAGAACUUCGUAUUAGUCUCGACGAGCAAAGAAUGGAAAAUACUAGUUUAAAAUCAAGAUUAGUUAUGCUUGAAAAGGUAGUGCAGUCGGUUAGCAAUGAAAACCAAGAGCUUAACUGGCAAUUGAGCGAAUCACUCAAUAUCCAGAAUUUUCCUAAAAGAGGUUCUCUUAGCUAUUCCUCUGGCUUUAGAUCUGAGAAUCCUGUUAAUGCAUCGAGAUCUAGUGGCAGAAGGCCCAGUUUUCCGGUUAAUACCGCUGCUUUUCACAAUGACAGAAAUAUAAAUUGUGUGCGAUCGAAAUUGCUAACUAACAAUAGCAGCUUUUUAGACGUUACCGCUGAAGAUCCUAAUGUUGAUUCGGCAGCUUUCUCUUCUAGUGCGGCCUUCAGGUUUAGGAAUAAGCCUAUUCAUUCAUCUACGCCGAUGAUGCCUUCACAACAGAAACAGAGAGAAACUGAAACCUUUGUUUCUAAAUCGCCUCAUUUAAGUGAUACGUCUCCUGCAAAUUUUCAUUCUGUCAAAAAGUGCUUAAAAACCAGUUACACUGCAGACCAAGGGAACACGUCCCCGAAAAUAUCAAAAUCUGGCCGGUGCCUGGAAGAAAGCUAUUCCACCAACAUUCCAGAAACAUACGCUAAGAAAUUUUCUCAGAACUUGCAAGAUGAUACAUUACCCCUUGAAGGUGCUGGCAAGUUUCCUUUCAAUACCAUUCUUGAGAAACUUAAAUCCAAUUCUGAAUAUAGGCUGUCUAAAAGUGCUUCAGCCAAAACUGGCGAGCUAAGUUCAGAUAAUUCUGAGCCAUCUCAAGGGAAAUCACCUGUCAAUAGUUCUAAAGCUGGUUCUUUGCAAGAUGGUGGAAAUAUUAGUCAUUUUAAGGAAGCCAAGUCUUCUCAGGAAAGUGCGGACGUUAUCCUUCAGAGGAAGAAAGGCAGAAAUAUUCAGCAAAGAAUUCAGAACAUUUUAGAUAGGAUAGUAGCUGAAUCUGAAGAAGCUUCUUAAACCUUUAAAGCAUCAACUUAUUUUGAAUUUAAAGUGAUAUGAACUUAGAGAGCUUUUAUUCGUGUUUGUACUGAACAAGUGUCCUUAGAUUAAUUAUUUAUGUAAAAUUCUUUUGUUUGAUUCUUUUAGUCUCCUUUUUUAUGUACAGAUUUUUUACAUAGUUUGUAAAUAAAUAGUUAUAAAAAUUUUAAA